UUUAUUUUUGUAUACGGUGGAGCAUUGAGCGGGGCCGGGUAGGGUUGCGGAUUACCCAACUAAACAUUUUACCCACUGCUAAAGGAAAAUGUAAAGCGUUUGUUGUCCUGGCGUUCGUAAUCUUGAAGAAGGCCAAAUAGCAGCGACGAAAAUGGAGGGAAUGAUUCAGGACCCAUCGCAGCAGCAGCAGCAGCAGCCACAACAACAGAAUCAGGUAAUGGUGGGGGCGGAGAAGCUGAACCAGGCGGUGCAGCAACAGCUCAAUUUGGAAUCUCUAAAGACCAGAGCCAUCUCCCUUUUCAAAGCCAUCACUCGCAUCCUCGAAGACUUCGACGCCUAUUCUCGCACCAACACAACCCCCAAAUGGCAGGACAUUUUGGGCCAAUAUUCAAUGGUAAAUCUUGAGCUUUUCAACAUUGUGGAUGAAAUCAAAAAGGUUUCUAAGGCUUUCGUUGUUCAUCCCAAAAAUGUUAAUGCCGACAAUGCGCUCAUAUUACCGGUUAUGUUAUCCUCCAAGCUACUGCCAGAGAUGGAAGUGGAGGAUAAUUUGAAGCGAGAGCAGUUGCUUCUAGGAAUGCAAAAUCUGCCAAUACCUUCACAAAUUGAAAAGUUAAAGACUAGAAUCGAUAUGAUUGGAGCUGCCUGUGAAAGUGCUGAGAAAGUAUUGGCUGAUACCCGUAAAGCAUAUUGUUUUGGCUCUCGUCAAGGGCCACCGAUUCUUCCCACUCUCGACAAGGGUCAGGCUGCAAAAGUUCAAGAACAAGAGAACUUACUCCGUGCUGCUGUGAAUCUCGGUGAAGGUCUACGUUUACCUGCUGAUCAAAAACAGAUUACACAUUCACUUCCACUGCAUCUGGCUGACAUUAUGCCUGCAACUGAUGGGAUACAUUCUUUUGCUGACUCAUCUGGCAUGUACAUGAAGAACACUCCUCUUACGUCGAACAACACUGGCAGUCAGGGGUCUUUGUUACAGGCUACUGGAGCACAACUUAUUGGUAGAUCAGCUGCAUCUCCUUCUGCUGCUACUAGUGCUACCUCCUUCGAUAACACCACAAAUUCUCCACUUCCAUAUGCCAACUCACCUAGGUCUGGAACAAAUAUUAUGAACAUGCCAUCUCCUCAGCAACAAACCCAGCAACAGCAGCAGCAGCAACAACAGCAGCAGCAGCAGCAACAGAGGCAAAAAAUGAUGCAAUUGCCUCAGCAUCAACAACUCCUUGCCCAGCAACAGUUCAGGCAAUCUACAAUGCAAGGAAUGGGACAGUUACAUGGUCAGAUGCAAUUUUCUCAGCCCUUGGCCCACCAGCAAUUUCAGGGUAGGCAGCUUCCUCCUGGACAUGUUCAGCAUGGAAUAGGUCAAAGUCAACUUAAUCAAGGAACUCAGUUGAGUCGUCAUUUAAGCCAAUUCUCCAGUCCAGCAAAUACUGCACUGUUCAAUGCUGCUCAGGGGACACCAAGUACUCAGAUGAUCCCGAACAUGUCUGCAACUAUGCCAUCACAGUCAAUUCUACCAAGGAUGCAGUUUGGAUUACCUGGUAGCAAUCUGCAGCGGAGUCAUCAAGCACAAGUCUUAAGUGAUCAAAUGUUUAAUAUGGGAUCCAACCCUGGUGGUAUUAUGCCCAUGCAACCGCAGCAGCAACAGCAACAACAACAGCUUGGUUCACAAGGUGCAUUUGGUAAUAUGCCCACUACCCAGAAUUUACAAUCUAAUAUGGUAGCUCUUCAAAAUAACCCACAAAGUCAUCCCAACUUUGCACAGCAAAGACAGCAGUGAUAUCACCUGUAGAUGUCAAGAUAGUUUCGUGGAUAAUAUGCCGUGUUAAGCUAUAUAGGAAAAUUGUGUAUCUUCUAUAUUUCUUUGGCUUAGAAAUUAGAUUUAGCCCGUCCAACUUGUUAUCUUUUUCCCCAGUGAAACCAUGUAUUCGGUUCCUUGUCUGAAAACUGUUGUUUGUGGUCUGUCGUUGUGAUGUGAGUUCUUGUUUUCCUUCAGGAUGGCUGGUUCUUAUAAUUAUCAUGCCGGUUGCAUUUUUUUUUAAGUUAAUUUAAUUUUGCUUUCAAUUUCUUUUUA